AUGGGAAACCUAUUGAAUUGGUUUAAGACUUUAGAAAUAUUUGUAAGUAGCCGUCGAGAGAAACAAUAUGCUGCUCAUCGUUCCGAACCAGACCAUCCCGAACGUAUUUCUCCGGAUAAAUUAGCAAAUAUCAACAAAAUUGAAGAGCAAUCUGAAUCUUCAUCAAUCUCCAUAGAAACAACAGCACCACCACCAACAACCGUGGCAUCAUCUAAUCAAUUGAGUGAUUUUUAUUUAGCAUGUCGCAAUAAUAAUAUUGAAGAAGUUCAAAGAUUACUUGGCACUAUAGAAAUGAAUGAUGUUGACAGAAUCGAACCAAAUGGUAGUACGGCAUUACAUGCUGCAUGUUUUCAUGGUCAUCAAGAAAUUGUUGAUUUAUUAUUGAAACAAGGAGCAAACAGAGCUAUUCAAAAUAAAUAUGGAUGUUUACCAUUUGAUGAAGCAAAGACCGCCGAAAUCAAACAGCUUUUCUAUCGUAUACCGAAUUGUAAUCGAUUCAUAUCAGAUAUAGGUACCAUUGAGUGGGAAAUUAUUGAUGAUGAUGUUGUACUAGAUGCUGCACACAUGCGACAUACGCUUAAAUCUACCUUUGACAACACUAGUGGAUUGACAUCAAUUGAGACAAUGUUUGAAAAAAUUGAAAAGAAAUAUAUUGCCAAAGGUUUAGUUAAUUUUCAUGGGAUCCAAGAUAUCAAACGCUUCUUUCGAAAAGCAACUGAAGAACAAGAUCCAAUAUGGAUCAUUACAGCUUAUACAGCUGAAACUGAUUUUUAUAAAAUUCUCAAUCGAGAAAUAGCAGGUGGUUCUACACAAUAUCAAAAUGAGCGCCAAUUUAUUAUAGCAUUAUUAUUAUUCCAUCCGAAAUUGGAUCAUUUAUCUUAUACUGGUACAUCAUAUAGAGUGAUGCAAAUGAAUGAAGAUAAUAUAAAAAAGUAUGAAGUGAAUUGUUUAUUAAUGACCAAAUCAUUUGUAUCAUCAGCCAUUGAUGAACAAAUUGCUCUAUGGUUUUUAAGUCGACAAGAAUUAGCAAGAAAAGAUAGUGGUCAAGGAAACCGCUUUAAUCUUGAUGGAAAAAUAAUAAAAAAAUGGAUUAUGUGCAAAUAUCAAAUUAAACGACGACGAAGUGCUUUGCAUAUUGAAAAUUCAUCUCAAUAUGCUAAUGAAGGUGAAAUAUUAAUUAUGCCAUACACCGUUUUUCGAGUCAAGAAAGUCGCAGAAGUUAAAGUUCCAAAUAUGAAUGAUGAACAUUUGAUCACUGAAAUUCAACUAGAAGAAUAUGAGUAG